CUUCGGUGUCUAUUACGUGUUUCUUUUUUAUAACUCGUCGUGAGAUUCUACGUAAUUAUUCUAAUAAUAAUUAAUGACGCACGCGUUGCCGUCAUAGAUUGUUGUUUAUUACGUGCGCACCCUUUGAGAAGCGCGCGCGACAGAUCGCCAUGAAUAAUGCAUCCAUUAAAUACCAUCGAACACACGAUGAGGGUUCAUAAUCGAUGGGACGACCUAGCGAGAGAGCAGUGGCGAUUAAGACAUGGACAGCAACAGUCCGCCGCCUUUGGCGUCCACCAAGAAGAGGAUCAGCCCUCCAAUCAGUUGGGGCCUCGGUCUCGUCAACAGGGACACUUUCAAGACGAUCAAGGUGAUCCUAAUGGGCCAGUCAGGUGUCGGCAAGUCGGCUUUAGCCGUACGGUUCGCUACGAGGCGCUUCAUAGGCGAGUACGAUUGCAGCACGGACAGAAUCUACCGAGUGGAUAAUCAGCUUGGAUGCUCAUGGGAAAUAGCGGAUCCUCCGGGAUACCCGUCGGCGUCCGCAGAAUCAAAAUUGCGAUGGGCCGACGCGAUAGUUCUUGUUUACUCCGUAACGGAUCGAGUUAGCUUCGAGGAAACUUCUCGAUUGAGGUUUUUAGUGUCGCACGCGAGACGAGGUAGGAAAGUACCGCCGGUCGUGCUGCUUGUGGGAAACAAGGCCGAUCUCUCUGGCUCUCCCGGCGAGCGCAUGGUAUCCGCCUUCGAAGGCCAGAAAAGGGCAAAAGAAAUCGAGGCUCACGCUUUCCACGAGGUUUCCGCAAGGGAAUCGAUUGACCAGAUUAUGGCCAUAUUUACGAACAUAUUAAGACUAUUGACGGAACUGCCUGCCACUCCAGGAAACCAGCCAACGUCUUUCAGAACGAGGGCUUGCACAGACGGGUCCAUCAACACAUAUCGCCGGUCGUCUCCUCCUCCGUCGAAAAGAAGGUUCAGCAUUUCCGCACGUGUGCGAUUUUCCUUCAAUAAAGAUGUCGCAGCGUACUGCAGUUUGAAUUGAGUAAAUUGCUUUACAUAAACUAAAUUUCCAAUACAGAAAAUAGAUAAUAGAUAAGAAGGAAAAAAUGUACGAUAAAUAAUGUAGU